AUGUGGAUACCCGGUCUUGCUGGAAUCUCAGGAAAUGAAGCAGCUGAUACGGCUGCUAAAAAUGUCAACAAGUCUCCUACACUUAUGCUUAAAGUUAUAAGCAAAACGGACCUGUUUAACGCCAUAAAGAAAGAAAGACGUAAUGCCGAUUUAGCAGACUGGACAACGCAAGGGUAUUACUAUUACAGACUAAAUCCAAAGAGACUAACACCAUCCUAUCCGUUUAUGCGUUGGUUAGCUGAAGCGCCAGCGGCUGUCAACACGCCGACAAGCUAUGCAGCAAUUGUUGAUACAGCUAAGGCUACUGCUGCUGGUGCUGCCAAUGCAAAUAACCAGAAAGCGGCGUUGAGUGUCAUACAGCCAGUCAAUCAAAUACCCCAUCAGUCAACGCAUCAGCCAGUCAAUGCGUCAAACACAUUCUGCAGCAUCGCUUUACUCGCGCUGGUCGCUUGCAUCAACGCUGAUGUCUCCCAAUUGUCGCACACCUAUUUGCCACCAUCGGCGUCAUCAGCAUCACGCACAGUUACCUUCAAUGCAGCUACAGGCUAUUCGAGUGGUGGGGGCAGCCAUCACAGUUCUCACCGUUAUUCGGCACCAUCCCCUUUGCAUAGUGCUCCCGCUGUGCAAGUGGUUGGUUCCUCUUCACGAACAAGUGGCUAUACUGUGCCAGCAGCACCAUCUCGCCAAUAUCUUGCGCCAGCCACAGUGCAACACGUUGCCCCGGCGCCGGUAUAUCGUGCACCUGCAACCUCAUAUCAUACUUCAUCCGUGAGCUAUAGUGCACCAGCUGCUCCGGCAGUUUCUUACCGUGCUCCAGCUACCACUUAUAGUGCUCCAGUAGUUCAACAACGUGCUCCCGCUACCCAGUACCGUGCACCAGUGGUGUCGCAUAGUGUAUCGUCCGGUCAAUAUCGUGCCCCAGCUGCGGUCUAUAGAGCACCAGCUUCCGUGAUUCAGAGCGUAUCGUCGGGUUCUUAUAGAGCUCCUUACUCAUAUAGAGCUCCUGUUCAAACUCAUCAUGCUCCAGCGGUGCAGUAUCAUGCCCCUGCUGCCACUUAUAGUCGUCCAGUCGUUACCAGCUACCGUGCACCAGCUGCUACAUACAGUGCGCCCACCAUCUCUUACAGCGCUCCUGCCAUUUCUUCAUCUAGUAUUUCAACUGGGUCUUAUCGUGCGCCAGCAGCCACUUACAGUUCACCUGCGAUCUCUUACAGUGCACCAGCCACCUCCGUAUCGACUUCAUCCUCCAGUCUCGGUACACAGUAUGCGGCAAAUGGUGGUUAUAUUUAUUAAACUAACUUUCUGAAUUCCUUCCCUUCAUGCA